AUGGCUGCCGGCUCAGUGUCUGCAGUGACAAUUCGUAACUUCAGGACCGCAACAUGCAAAGGAAACUACUUCCAGUGCACUGGAAUCAAGUCUUGGACGUGCUGUGUGGGCAGCGCCAAGGGAGGUACGGUUACCUCUUCACUAUUCUUGGGACUUCCCAUCGCCUUCUACGGAGCUAUUUGCAAAGCCAAGGGUGGAAGCAACUGCGGUGAAGUCAAAAAUGCCGGUUCGGACUUACAUCUGUGUCUCGGAGGAGCAAACUGCAAGGGAUCCAUGUGGUUGAACUGCAAACGCUGCAGAAAGCGUGACGAGGAGUUUGCAAAUGCGACCAGCGUUGCGGAAAGCGGCAUCCCUCAGGAGUUGAUUGGAGCUAGCUCUCGCUCAUCUGCCCGGGCCGACGUCAUUGCUUUUGAGAACCACCAGUUCAAGUGCGACGAUUCAGUCCCGACCGAGGCCAAGGAGAAGCUUUUCAGCUUGCUUGAAGCCGAUGCCGGAUACGACGACAUCCUUGAGGAGCUCAAGCAAUAUGAACUCAAGGGCAAGGACCGCAGGGGUGACGAGGAUUGGGAGGCUGUUAUGUAA